AAGACUGGACCUCUCUUCCAAUCCAGACAAAAGGAAGGGCAUCGGGCGCGCGCUGACUCGAGCAUCUGAGCACCUUGGAGACGCCACUGGUUCUGAUACGACGCGCAAGAACGCACCGGCACACCGACGCACACGCCCUCCCCCCGACCCACCUGAAAGCUCCAGGUCGGUUAAUUGUCCUGUCUGAACGCCGAGGAGAGGCACCGAGAGCCCCGGACCAGCCGCAGCCAGAACACCGUGUUCCCAUGAUGUCAUACCUGUGGAUUCUGCUGUUAGGAAGCCUGCUGGCCGCGAGCGCCAAGGCACAAGACGACGUCGAUCCAACAGAGGAGGCCCACGACGCCGAGGCCACAGAGGAACCGACCGCUGAGGCAGACACAGGUCCAGAAGAGGAAGAACCCACUGAAGGCGAUACGGAGCACACAUCUGAGGAAGAAGAACCGACCGAGGCUGAGCCUGAGCCUGAGCCUGAACCCACUGAUGAUCCUGAACCAGCUGCUGAUGCUGAGCCCACUGAUGAACCAGCUGCUGAUGCUGAGCCCACUGAUGAACCAGCUGCUGAUGCUGAGCCCACUGAUGACACUGAAGCUGCGGAGGAAGAUCCAACACCCGCUGCAGAAGAGCCGGACACAGCAGCUCCUGAAGAUAAAGAGGAGGAGGCAGUGACUACCGAAGCUCCAGAUGCAGAGGAGGACAAAGCCGCAGCAACAGAAGAGCCUGCAGCUGCAGCUGAUCCUGAGGCUGAAGAGCCAACAGAGAAAGACGAUGAAGACACCACAACAACCAAAAACACCACUCCUGCUCCUAAGAAGGUGGAACCAGCAGUAGAUCCAGAAGAGGAAGACAGCAAGGAAGAACCGACAGGUCCAGUCAUCGCUGUUCCAACAAUUAAACCAGAUGUUGCUGUGCCUAAGGUGAAUGCAGAUCUGGGAUUCAAUUUGGAAGAUGCUCUGGACGACAAAGAGACGUCAGGGAAGAGCCGCAGUCUGCAGCCUGGGCCACAAGCUGCCGGUGCCACAGGAGACGCAGACAAACCUGAAGCCCAAGAGGGCGGCUCCAGCUCUUUAGCAGGUAUCCUGUGUGCCAUCGUUGUUGCUGUGGUGGGAGCAGCUGCCGGCUACAUCGCCUACCAGAAGAAGAAACUGUGCUUCAAAAACAGACAGGAAGCAGAUCCAGAAGCUGCACGCAAAGCCGACGCAGCGGAGGCCCAGUCGGAUCCCCAGGUCCUUAGCAACCUGCUAAACUCCUCCUAGACCAGCGACCAUCACAUGAACGCCUGGAACACCACCGGCAAGCAGAGCGGCAAUCUCACUGUUGGGCUCUAUUGUGUUUGGAGUUAAAUUACUGUGAGGCCCCUCAGUAGGGCUGUGUUUGUGCGUGUCUGUCUGUUUUUAAUGUGUGUCUGAAUGAGUGAAUGCUUGUGUGUGUGUUUGGGGGGAAAGGAAAGAAUAGUAGGUAGAAAUAUGUGAACCUUAGGGAUUUUAUGAUUGAUAAAAAUAGGAAUUUAUGAAAAGAAUUGGUCAACUUUCUACUUUAAACCAAAUCCUAAUGUUUCUUUUUUAAUAGGGAAAAUAAAGAGAUUGAAUCUCAAAUUUAGAAUGACCAUAAGAUGGCUAAAUUAUAGAAAUACUUUUUUGUAUGGCUAAUAUAGAGCUUUAGUAAUUAAAUGUGAAUAUAAGCAGUGAUAGAUCCUUUGUAAUGAAUAUUUAAAGCUCCUGUGAGGAAAUUCUGCUUUGUCUUGGUUUGGCGCCCUCCUGUGGACAAAGUGGUACCGCUUUUAUUUUGUCCUUUACAUGUGAAAAUAGUCCUGCUUUGUCUUAACAAACAUAUCACUUAGAGUGAUUAUAAGGCUGUUUCCUCAUCAUGCUAAUGAUAGAUUCACUCGGCGCCUACCCUGUGGCAGCAAUAACAGAGAUUUAAAUAAUCACAUAGAAAAGGCAAUGUAUGGCUUUUAUAUCUAAAUUUGGGAUAUUA